CACCGGCUCCAAAAGGUUGCCUACCCCUGCCCUACACCAUGAAUGUAGCCUUUUGAUGUCCUAUUACUCUCUUCACUGGCCUUCCACUGAAUCACUUUCCAGACAGACUGGGACUGACAGGAACUCUAACAACAUAGGUUCCUUAUCUCUAGCAUACAUCAUUUAGCAAGGUCCCUCAACAGUCUUGGGCAUCAUGAAAGGAGAGCUGAAGUGCUGUCAAGGUUGAAGAGAGUAAGGAAGUCUGCUCUGUCUGCAUUUCUAAAUUUGCUCCAUUGCAUAUGCCCAUAUCUGCAUCCAAUUCAUAGUGUGCAUGUUUGUUAUGGUUUUGUUUUACUAAAAUAAGCAUGGAAGGGAUCUCCUCAGAAGUAUAGAAAGAAUAGAUUUAAUCCCCCCCAAAAAAUAAUGUAAUAUUGUGGGGGGAAAUAUGCAUCAAGCAAUGACAAAAAGAAACAAUCUCAUAUUGAAAGCUUGUUUCAUAAUAAAAUCAUUUUGCAUCACAAUUUAGAAAUCAUUCAAUUUUAAAAUUAAAUUUUAAAGAAGAAACCUCCUACCAGUGCUCUGUCUAUAAAUUUAUUUUUCUUUAUCUUGUAGGUGUAUGAGAUGCUCAUUAAUCCUGGAGAUAAUAUCCUUUUAGAUGAACCAAACUUCAGUGGGACAAUGGCAGCAGUCAGACCAAGGAAGUUUACCUUGGAGCCUGUCAGGAGCAGGCUUGGAGCAGAGCUACGGCCCUUGGGGUGUAACAUUAUCAAAGUCCCCAGCGAUGAACAUGGUAUUAUUCCAAAAGCCUUAAAAGAAAUUCUUUCCAGGUGGAAAUCUGAUAACAACAUGCAUAAACCCAGUAACAAAAUCCCUAAAUUCCUGUACACCGUUCCCAAUGGUGGCAAUCCUUCUGGAAGCUCUUUGACAGCAGAACGCAAAAAGGAGAUUUACAAGCUUGCCCAAGAAUACAACUUCCUUAUAAUAGAAGAUGAUCCAUACUAUUUUGUCCAGUUUGAGAAGAUCAAAGCACCAUCAUUUCUUUCAAUGGAUGUUGAUGGCCGAGUCAUCCGAGGUGAUUCUUUCUCCAAGAUUAUCUCCUCUGGUUUGAGAAUUGGCUUUAUAACAGGACCUGAACCCCUUAUAGACAGGAUUAUUCGACAUGUAGAGUCCUCAACUAUGCAGACAAGCACUUUUACACAGGUCCUCUUGGUGCAACUUUUUAAGAAAUGGGGACAUACGGGCUUUCUGCAACAUGCAGACAGGGUGUCAGAAUUCUACAAAAGCCAGAGAGAUCUAAUGCUUGCUGCAGCAGACAAAUGGCUAACAGGUUUAGCAGAAUGGUAUUCUCCUAAAGCUGGACUAUUUUUAUGGUUUAAAAUCAAGGGAAUUUCUGACACAUACCAGAUGAUCAUGGAAAAGGCACUGGAGAGAGGGGUAUCUUUGCUUCCUGGGAGGGAUUUUAUGAUUGAUUGCUCAGAACCAAGCCCGUUUGUCAGAGCUAGCUUUUCCUAUGCUUCUGCACAUCAAAUGGACCAGGGAUUCCAGAGGUUGGCUGAACUCAUAAAGGAAGAAACUGCAUGACACCUUUGACUAACUAAAAUUUCACUGGCUGAUAUUGAAUGGUGCCAUAAAUUUCACUGAGCAGGCUGCAAAAUUAGUAAUUGGUCAUAUUUCUGUCUUCCAUAGUGUUUAAUUAUUUUAAACAUUAAGCUGUAACUUUUACAAAAAUAAAUGAAUGUGGGCAACAA